AUGGAAUUGCUUCCGAGCAGCCCAAAAGGUCUCAAUAUCACUUACAGUGUGUCAAGAUACGUUAUAAUAUCGUGGAUGGAUCCCCAAAACAUUGCAGUGACUCCCGGCGCAGAUGUUGUAAAUCCUUUGACAAAGUUUAGGUUCAUAUUGAGGAAUCAAAGGAAGGUCAUUUUAAACAAAACUGAGCCAUCUAACGUUGCUAAGCCUUACAUGUUGAGCAAUCUUAUUCCUAACACAAUGUACACAGUAGUUGUAACUGCUGGAAAUUCUGAAGGUUUUGGAGAUGCAGCGAAUGUUUCUUUUAAGACAAAAGAAGAUGUUCCUGAAGGGCCUCCUCUAAAUAUAAGAAUCUCUGUCAUCAGCAGUUCAUCGUUAUCAGUCACGUGGAAGCCACCUGAUAAAAGCAAGAGAAACGGGAAAAUUGUCAAUUACACUGUUUGUAUAACACCUAGUGAGAGCUUCAAAUGUUCAGAAACCUUUACUACCGAAUAUCAAAGCUUUAUCAUAAAUGAGUUGAAACCAGCGACGACGUACUAUGUGUGGGUUUUGGCAAGUACAAAAAUUGGUUUUGGAAAUUACAGUGAAAAGCAAAUGGCCAUAACAAAUGGACUGCCUCCGACAGGGACGUUCAACCCGUCGGAAAAAACUUUGACAUUUUCUUUAGAAAUUCCUACGGUUAAAUAUGAGUACUUAUUCGUAAUUGCCAUGCAAGGUGACAGACAUAAUCUUCCAUCGCCUUUUACAUUAAAUAUUGAAGACUUAGAAACAUAUUCCACUCCUUCACCACCAAACCUUUACGUUGCUGCGGUACUUAAGCCAAGUGGUGGUGGUAUUUUCGUGUUUAUACUUGGUGAUGGCUCAAAUUCAAGUAUUUCGAGAACACGAGGUCGUCGUUCUCCCGAAAGAGUUUAUUAUAACGCUCCUCUAAAACCCAAUACUACUUAUCGAAUUUUCCAGCGUGUGGUGAUAAAUGAUCAGGGUGAUUUUUAUUCCACUGAAUGGAGUCCUUCAGCAAGAACUGCUUCAGAGCUACUUCAGCUUCCAGGCGAUAGUAAAGAUGAUGAUAACAAUGAUAACAACGUAACUGCAAUUGCUGCAGCUUCUGCAGCUGCUUUUGUUUUCACUAUCGUCUUUGUGGUGCUAAUAACUCUUUGGAGAAGAAGACGUGCUAUUGUUCAAGAGCCUAAAUCGCAUUUGCAAUCAGAACAUGAGGAUAGGAAUGGACAAGAGCUGUCCGUUAGAAACGACGCGUUCAUCGUUAAUGACAUUGCGGAUCCUGUUGUACGACCAAAUGAAGAAAAUAUUUAUGUAAACAAGUCAAUUUCCGAAAAACAAAUGUAUGGAAACAAAGAAACUAUCGAGACCCGUAAUCGGUUACCAAUUCCACUCGCAAAUUUUACUGAGCACGUAAAAAAACUGAGAACAAAAAACAUGGAGGAAUUGAGGCUCGAAUUUGAGUCGACCAUUCUCGUGUGAUACUCUCUGGUGAUGAAAAAUCUGACUUUAUCAACGCUUCUUUUGUCGACGGGAAAUGUGAGAAGUACUACAUUGCGACCCAAGGUAUUUUAUUAGUUUAAAAUUUAAUCAAUAUGUUGCCGUCGACGAAUUUUCAACGUGUUUGGAUUGAUGGCGCGUGAUACAACUCCCAGGGGCGGAUCUAGAG